CACAGCCCACUGUAUUGUAAUUUAAGGCUGGCAAUUAAAAUGAAUGAACUCAUUUCCCUCAUUAACAAGAUUCAUGUGAAUUUACUAUAUUUAAAGUUUUUCCAUAUCUAAUAAAUUAAUUGUUUAAAGUAAUACUUUUAGAUCUUGACAUGCUCCAUAUAUAUAUUGUACACAUUUAAUUAUGAUGCAAUAAUUGAGUGUUACCAUAGUAGCCUAUAUAUAUAUAUAUAUAUAUGCCCACUCUUUCAGUUCAAAUUCACCACCCAUGGAAAAGACUACUAGAGAAAGAAAACAAAACCCACAUUGUUCUAGACCUCCACCGGAGCCGCUGCGGAGAACGAUCUCCGACGCGGGACCCGGUCUUCCACAGACACUGCCUGCAGAAGCAGCGCCUGUGGCAGUGGAGGAGGCGAAAUGCGAGUGUUGCGGGCAUUCAGAGGAGUGCACGGCGGAGUACGUGAAGAGGGUGAGGGAGAAGUGCGCCGGAAAGUUGCUUUGCGGGCUGUGCUCGGAGGCGGUGGAGGAGGAGACGUGGAAGAACGGCAGGCGGCGGGAGGCGGCGCUGCAAGAGCACAUGAAUGAGUGCCUUAGGUUUAAUAGGGUUGAUAGGGUAUACCCUGUGUUGUGUCAAGCGGAGGCCAUGAGAGAGGUCUUGAAGAAUAGUAGAGGUAAGGCCCUUAGCCCUAGAGGCCUUAAGGGUUGCCCUAAAGUUGGAGGGUUUGUUAGGACUUCAAGUUGUAUCCCAUCAUUUGUAUGCAAGGAUACCAAAAAAUAAUUAAGGUUCCUUUAUUAUUUUACUUUGCAUAUUUUCUAUAACUCUAUUAGUACAUGAAUU